GUGAGUCAUGGCGCUGUACAGUGGGCUAGUGGGAGUAGGGGCCAGUGAGUCAUGGUGCUGUACAGUGGGCCAACGAGUCAUGGCGCUGUACAGUGGGCCAGUGGCUAUUGGGUCAUGGCGCGUACAGUGGGCCAGUGGCCAGUGGGAAGCGGCUAUUGGCUGGCGCAGCUGCAGAGUUGGCCAAUGGGGAGCGGCUAUUGGAAGGGCAGGGCGCUGAUUGGCGGGCGCGCUGCGGGUCUCCACCAAUGAGCGGCGCGCACCGCCCGCUAUUGCUCAGGCAGCCACAAGGACCCCGGGCAUGAGGCGGCCGCGCCACCCGCCUGGCCUCUGACUAAAUGAGCAACAGUGAAACAACACUCCCCAGUCCGAGAUACAUUGAUGCAGGGAAAUCAAUGCACGGAUAAUCACACUCCGAUUUUUUUUGGGGGGGAAGAAUUUACAUGUGGAGUGCAGUGAAAAAUGAAUCGAAAACAUAACUAUUUGGAAUAAAGAAAAAUCACCUAGUGAAUAAAUAUUUGGGAGAAUGGGAGUGGGUGAUUUUGUUGUGCCCUGUGAGGUGUUUGAGGAGAGGGGUGGUGUUUAGCUGAAGGUUUGAGAAUGUGAUUCCUGACAGGAGAGUGCGGGAACAGCUGCUGGAGCUGACCUAUCUUAGCCCCUGAUGUGAUGGCGAGGAAACCCCGUUAGGCAGGCGCUCUUCAUGACGGUAAAGAGUUGUACCCAGCUGAGACGUGACGUGAUGUGGGUAUGGAGCAGCCUCUGGCAGAAUCGACGCUGCAAUAGGGGAGUUAGAGACGCUUAAAGCAAGAGGCGCACCCCAGGCGUUCGAUGAUGUCGGCUCAUGCAGUUGACAUGGAUGAUGAAGAUGGGCGUUGUCUCCUAGAUGUAAUCUGUGACCCUCAGGCCCUCAAUGACUUCCUGCACGGUUCAGACCAGCUUGACGGUGAGGAUCUCCUGGACACGAACGCUGAUCCAGCCAGUGCUUUCUUCACCGAUGCCUCGCUCAAUGUACAGGAUGCAUCGGUGAACCACAUGAACAGUGGCCAGCCUCCCAGCUCCAGCAGCGCUGUUGACCUGGACUUCCUGGAGGAUGAUAUCCUGGGUCCGAGCUCGGCCUCGAACCUGCCCGGCUCAGCAGAACCAUGUGACAUUCUUCAGCAGAGCCUGCAAGAGGCCAACAUCACCGAGCAGUCACUGGAGGAUGAUGCGGGGCUGGACAUUGGGUCGCUGCAUUUCUCCUCGUUGCAGCCAGUGUCGCAGGGGGCUGAGGCGGCUCAUCUGUUUGCUGGCAGCACGGAGCUGAUGGGGCUGCAACAACAGCCGUCCGCAGUGCUGGCACAGCAGACCCUGAUCCAGCAGCAAACCAUCGCUGGCCAGGUGGUGAACAAGGCUAUUAACAUCCAGCCUUUCCUGCAGCAGGUGGGACUGGGCAACGUCACCCUUCAGCCUGUGUCCAACAUCCAGGGUCUGCCCAACGGGAGCCCCUCCGGCACGCUGGGCAUCGGCCAGAUCCAGGUGGUCGGUCAGUUGUCCAGCCAGCCGGUCAUGGCCCAGCAGAUCAUCGGCAAGGCUGGGCAACCCACGGUGACCACAGUGCCGGGAGUCAGUUACAUCUCCUCACCCGCAUCUGAGCAGCAAGUGUCCGCGGUGUCACCCACCAACGCCAGCCUGGUGCUGCAGAAGAAUGCCGGUCCCAACGCGCUCAACGGCAACUCUCUGUUUGCAGGGCAGGCGGGGGUGCGUCCCGCAUCUGGCCCCACACUCAUGCAGGCACAGCUGGCUGGCCCCAACGUCAUUGUCCAGCGCACCCCAACACCCAUUCAGCCCAAGCCCAGUGCCAGCUUAGUGCAGCACAAACUCUUCCAGAUCAGCUCCAAGCCCUUCUGCCCGUCCUCCGCAGCCCUGUCCCUGCAGGCCGAUGCUCCACUGCAGCAGUCGCAGGCUCCCCAGCAGAAAGCCCAGCCUAACGUCGCAUUCAUGGCCGGCAAACCGGGCCAGAACGUGGUAUUCUCUGCCUCGGGGCCCGGCUUCUCCUCGGGGGUGUUCAAGCCACAGCAAGCCCCCCCGCAAGCCUUCGGCAAGCCGCUGAGCCUGCAGCUGCAAGGGGGCAGCAUCGUCAUACAACCACAGCACAUGCACCAGGCCAUGCUGCAAGGCCAGAAUCAGUUCCUGUUGCAGGGGCAGCUGACGGGCGGACAACUCUCCCAGCAGCUGUCUGCUCUGGCACCCGGGGUGGGGGGGCAAAUCCUCACAGCUCAGCCCACGGGCCCCUCACCCAACACCACUCACAUCAUCACCAACCAGGGGCUACCUGCACAGAUCCUCACCAACCAGGGCCUAGCUGGGCAAAUCAACCUGGGCCAAGUGAUUGCCCAGAAUGCCCACGGGGCCACGCACAUUCUAUCUGGCCCCAUCCAGCUGCAGGCAGGGCCUGUGGGGCCCUCCACCGUCUUCCAGAUGCCUGUCUCGCUGGCUGGCGGCCUGGGGCCGCAGGGCACCGGGUCAGGGACCGGGUCUGCUGUCAUCCAGGGAGUGGCCAUGCCUGGUCAGCCCACCGUGCUGGGGGCCGGAGUAGGCGAGGCCCAGGCUCAGGCUGGGAAUUCCGCAACCACCACCAGCCUUGUAGCCCUGGGCAACGGGCAGGGCUCACUGCUGACCGUGCAGAGCUCUGGCCCUCCACUGACCCCGGGGACCCAGGCCGGCAGCACCAGCACUGCACCCACCGGCAAGAUCGUGGUGGCCCCGUCGGGGCCAGCAGCCGCUCAGGACACCACACAGGUCUUCUUCCAGCAGCAGGAACAGAGGCAGCAGCAGCUUUACCAGGCAGCUCUGAAACUGCAGCAGGAGCGAGGAUUGAACCAGCCGCCCCACAGCCUAGCCCCCACCAUCACCACCAGCAGCGUGCCCGCCUCUGUCAUCGUCAGCAGCAGCCUGGGCCUGGCAUCCGGCCCCAUCCCCGAUGCCAAGGGACACGCACCACUGCCCACACUGCCCGUCACACAUUUCCAGCACACCCUGCCUGGUCAGAUGGCUGCAGGGCAGCAGAAGACGCCAACAUCGCAAUCUCCUGCCCCCCAGGCUACAGGGAGCGACGGGCAGCUCCACAUCCAGAUGUCAUCUCCCCAUCAGUCGCGCCCCCCUUCCCAACCCCAGCCCUUGUCCCGCCCCCCCUCCCGGCCCCAGUCCCGCCCCUCCUCCCAGCCGCAGCCCCUGUCCCGCCCCCCCUCCGAGCCCCUAUCCCGCUCCUGCACCCCGUCUCAGCUGCCCCUGCAACCCCUCUACGUCAUCCAGACCCAGUUGCAGUCUCCCCCUCAACCCACCCACCCCAUGCGCCCCCCCUCGCAGCCACACCUGCAGAUGCAGUUCCAGAACGCUGUAGCCCCUCCCCAGGUGACCCCCCCUCCCUCCCACAGCCAAGCCGAGGCCCAGACCCCUCCCCACCUCCAGCCCCCCUCGCAGCCCCUCACCGAGGGCCCCCCACCCCAGGCACACGUGCAGCUGCAGCUGCAUUGCUCCCCACACCCACAGCCUCCCUUGCAGCCCGUCUAUCAGACGGUCACUCUGACCGCCGAGCAGCAGCAGAGGUUCCAGAUGGUGACCAGUCAGUUACAGACCAUGGCCACACACCCCAACCCCCGUCCCCAGCCCAAGACCAUGAUGGAGAAGCUGCAACAGAUGCAACACAGCAUCAUCCUACAGGCCAAGCCGGGCAGUGGGCAGACUGGCCCAGGCCCUACGCCACUGACCAGCACUCCGCCCACCAUGCUGCUCUCCGGGCAGGGGCAGUCGCCCGGACCCCAGCCCCACCCCAUUCCCACCACCUCCACCCCCACCGGCCUGAAGCCCCUGCCCCAGGGAGCGGGUCAGGCUGCUCUUGCCUCCCUCCUGCAGCAAAGCUCCGUCCUCAUCAAGACCACGGCAGGUACCACGGCCACAACCCGCUCUACGGACAGUAAGGUCAUCGCGGGGCCAAACUCAGCAUCUGCCGGUCACCUGCAGCAAGGAGCAGCUGUGCCGUUGCAGAUUAAACCUCUUGUGCAGCACCAGAUGCAGCCCUCGCUGCAGACCAAGACGGGGGUGAUCAGUUCAAUCUCAGGUCUGAACAUGAGCCUGUCCAAAGGGCCGAUCCAGAUCCAGCUCCUGGGGAAAGGAUUGACGCAGCUGGUGCCCGCAGGAACUGUGAGUGCCCACCAGAUGGAGAGUAAACUGGGAAGUUUGAAGACAUCCUUGACGCCUCAGCCCCCGAAGGAGUCCAUGCUGUUGGAGCGACUACGUGGAGAUCAGGAUGGCGUGCUACAACCCAACUGCAAGUCUCCAUUUCGGACUCACCACGACACGUUGAGCCGGCUGCUGCCCUACCACCUGUACCAGGGAACGCUGCCCUCUGUGGACGAACACAGGAAAGUGGACGAGGAGUUUGAAGCCGUCUCGACACAGUUACUGAAGCGGACACAGGCCAUGCUACACAAGUACCGAAUGCUGCUGUUUGAGGAGGCCAGGCGGCUGAGUCCCUCGGCAGAGAUGGUGAUGAUUGACAGGAUGUUCAUCCAGGAAGAGAAAACCUCCCUCUCCACGGACAGACAACUGGCCAAAGACAAACCAGAUGAGUAUGUGGCCUCGUCGUCACGGUGCCACAGCCUGCCCACCUCGUCUUCGCCGCCAUCCUCCUGCUCGUCGCUGCAGGAGCCGCUGCGGCUGCCGUUGGUAGCGAGCUCGACGCCGGUCCACGGGACCAAGCUGGUGAUCAAGCAGUCGGGAGGGUCUCCGUGUGUGUCGUGGGCACGUGUGGGAGGUGGGCCGGAGGGGGGAGAGGACGACACCUUGCACACACGCAGCCGCCCGCCUCCCAUGAAGACAUACGAGGCUCGCAGUCGUAUUGGUCUAAAGCUGAAGAUUAAGCAGGAGGCGGGUCUGAGCAAGGUGGUGCACAACACGGCACUCGACCCAGUACACCAACCGGUCAGCUCGGUCAUCCGCAGCACCGAGUGUCCGGUGGUCAGUGCCACUGCCCGGCAGCUCAACGGGGGCCUGGACCACCACGCCUCUCCCUCGCCCACCGAUCCCCACCCCCACCCCCCCACAGCCCAAUGCAAGCUGCCGCCCAGGAAGAGCCUACGCGAGGCACCGCCCAGCGGUCGCAGUGCCGCUGACCCUCCGGCCAGCUCCGGCCAACCGGACGACGGGCGCAAGGACGGACGCAGGGACGUGCCGGCCAAGUGUGAGGCCACUCCCGCCGGCCCCAGGCAGAGGACAGGCAGGGGCAGGGCGGAGGGAGGGGGCAGGAAAACUCGGACACAUGCUCACCCCCCACCUACCCGUUGCGAGGAGCCCCCUGGGAGCAAGGAGGGCGAGGGGGGGCUGCGGGCAGCGCCGGAGGAGCUGGUGAGAGGCAUCAUUAAGGCCGAGCCCACCGACGGCUCUUGGGAACUGGCCCUGCCCCCUCCAAAGAGGACCAAAUGCGAGUCGUUCGACAUGGACAACGCUAGCUUCUCCAGCGAUAGCCCCCAGGACGACACGUUGACAGAACACUUGCAGAGCGCCAUCGAUAGCAUCCUCAAUCUCCGGCAACCCCAGUCAUCCCUGGCUCCCCCUGUCUCCUCACCCUACCACGCCUCCGACAUUAGCUCGCCCUUCUCCCCAACCACACACUCGGACACCUACCUUGCACCCAAUCGUAACGGUGGCCUUGGAGCUAGGACUUACACCAGAUGACU